UGAUCUUCCACCCCAGUGAGGGGAAGAGGAUGUGAUCAUGCGAUCGCCAGCCAACGGGAAAUUGUGAAAGGGACCUCACUAUAGAAAAGCAGCCCACAAGUGCCUCAGCUCUCAGAGGAGGCUGAGCUUCUGAGAGGACUUGUCUGAGAGUGGACCCAGCCUUCUGUUUGUCCAUCCAACAUGGAACCAAAGCGGAUCAGGGAGGGCUACCUGGUGAAAAAGGGGAGUGUGUUCAACACCUGGAAACCCAUGUGGGUUGUAUUGUUAGAAGAUGGAAUUGAAUUCUAUAAGAAGAAAAGUGACAAUAGCCCCAAAGGAAUGAUUCCUCUGAAAGGAAGCACUCUGACUAGUCCCUGUCAGGACUUCGGCAAAAGGAUGUUUGUGUUUAAGAUCACUACAACCAAACAGCAGGACCACUUCUUCCAGGCAGCCUUCCUGGAAGAGAGAGAUGGCUGGGUUCGAGACAUCAAGAAGGCCAUUAAGUGCAUUGAAGGAGGCCAGAAGUUUGCGAGGAAAUCCACCAGGAGAUCUAUUCGACUGCCAGAAACCGUUGACUUAGGGGCUCUGUAUUUGUCCAUGAAAGACACAGAAAAAGGAAUAAAAGAGCUGAACCUAGAGAAGGAUAAGAAGAUUUUUAAUCACUGCUUCACAGGUAACUGUGUCAUUGACUGGCUGCUCUCCAGCAAGUCUGUUCGGAAUCGCCAGGAAGGCCUCAUGAUCGCCUCCUCACUGCUCAACGAAGGGUACCUGCAGCCUGCUGGAGACCUGUCCAAGAACGCAGUGGAUGGGACUGCUGAAAACCCUUUCUUGGACAACCCUGAUGCCUUCUACUACUUUCCAGACAGUGGGUUCUUCUGUGAAGAGAAUUCCAGUGAUGAUGAUAUAAUUCUGAAAGAAGAAUUCAGAGGGGUCAUUAUCAAGCAAGGAUGUUUACUGAAGCAGGGGCAUCGGAGGAAGAACUGGAAAGUGAGGAAGUUCAUUCUGAGAGAAGACCCUGCAUAUCUGCACUACUAUGACCCAGCUGGGGGGGAAGAUCCCCUGGGAGCAAUUCAUUUGCGAGGCUGUGUGGUGACCUCAGUGGAGAGCAACCCAGAUGCUAAGAAAAGUGAAGAAGAGAACCUGUUUGAGAUCAUCACGGCUGAUGAAGUUCAUUAUUUCUUGCAAGCGGCCACCCCAAAGGAGCGCACCGAGUGGAUCAAAGCCAUCCAGGUGGCCUCCCGGACUGGGAAGUGAGGACACACCUGCAGCUCCUCCUCACCCUCCAGAGGGAACCCCCCAAAUAAGCUCGGUCCAGGAUCUAUUCACUUCUGGAGACACAUCAACAAGAAAGGGCCCAGGGCUGGGAACUUUUCACCUGCGGGCAUUCUAAAUGUAACUAACCACAUGCCAGGCGAUGUGCACCUGCACCCCACCAUAUGGCUCACUGCAGUCUCUGCUACUCUUCGUGUCCCCCAAGCAGAUAUACCAAGCUAUGUGGAGUUGGCACACAGCUUAAUCUCUCAGGCCCCUGGUUCCUCUUCUGGAAAACGAAGUGAAAGCCUUGAGGUCCUCCCUAGCUUAAAACCCCAAAGCCCCAUGAUCCUAACACCCCCCCCCCCAUCCAGCUGCUGUCCCUUCUUGACUAAGUCUUGGCCUUCAGAACCCAAAACAGCUCUUCCCUUUAUAAUCCUUGCAACCUGUACUAAGAGGACUAGGCACAAACCACGUUUGUUCUUUUCCACUUCCUUCCGUUGCCCUUGGCCACAAGAUUAUGUAUCAAAAUGAAGGAGACCUCUUUUCUUCCUCCCUCCCUCUUCCCAGAAACGUCCUGAGAGCCAGCAGUGCAGCAGUGGCUUUCAGGGUGAAG